CAAAUACCAAACAAAUGCCAAGCAAAUGCUAAGCAAAUACCAAACAAAUGCCAAGCAAAUGCUAAGCAAAUACCAAGCAAAUACCAAGCAAAUACCAAGCAAAUACCAAGCAAAUACCAAGCAAAUACCAAGCAA